ACCUCUUUUCCUCUAGCCAAGUGAAGUCCAUUCCGUCGUACUUCACCGGAAAACACAAAAUCCCGGCAUAAACUCCGGUGACACAUAGACCAAUAUAUAUAGGUUUGAAGGAAAGUGUGGACACUUUUCAUUAUUGGAUCUAUAAGCUUUCUAUCUUAUUAGAAUCUUGAUCAUAAUCUCAUUUUAAUUAAUUUUCUUAUUUUCUAAACUAUGAGAACUAAAAUGAUGAACAAAUAUUUUGAUGUUUCACAACAUUCUAUUCCACAUUCCCCUUGUUCUUCUUCAUGUUCACAAACACUUGCAUCAAUUGUGUCUACAAGACGUCGAGGUUUGACUCACUUAGCUCUUGCAUACCGACACGCUCAUCGGUCAGCGGUAUUUGGGACUAAGUUGACUAGCUUGGAGUCAUUGAAAAAGUCUCGACCGAUCAAACGGGCUGUUUCUGCUAGCUUAGAUGCAGAGUUUUCGGAUGCAGAAUUGUCGAAAAAGAUUCAAGAAUUGGCUCUUCAGUUUCAGGUUUCGGAGGAUGUUGAAAACAAAGACAAUCACAACAGUCUAGAAUCGUCAAACUGGCCGGGUGAUAUGAUUUCAGCGAGUAUAGAACGAAAAGCAAAUAGCGUUGAUUUGCCAUUUUCGCUACGAAUAAUAAAAAAGAAAAAACAAUGGCAAGAGGGAUUGAUAGCAGCAAGUGAAUCCGCUUAUUGUUCAGUUAAAAAAGCUUUUUCAUCAAUGGUGUUUAUAAUUCGAGAGCUACAAAGUUACACGCUCCAAAUGAGAGAAAUAUUAUAUUAUGAAGAUUUACAAGAUAUCCUUGUUCGAGUUCAACAAGAAAUGAAUGCAUCUUUCGUUUGGUUAUUCCAACAAGUGUUUUCUCAAACCCCGACUUUGAUGGUGUAUGUGAUGAUCCUUUUAGCAAAUUAUAGCGUUCAUUCGAUGUCAAACAAUUUUGCUAUAGCUGCAACCCAACCUCCCGCCACCAUGGAGUCUGUUACGGAGCGUAAAAGUGAUAACGCUCAUACUCAAUUUGAGUCUUCAGCAAUAAAAACAUUUUCCGCCAGUUCAGGUGGAAAUGGUAAGACCACCUCAAUUGGCGGAAACAAUGGGGGAGGGGGGAAGUCCCGGGCCGUUGCCAGUGGGACAGAAGGUGAUGGGAAGUUUGAUGAGACUUUUGUCUCAUCUAGCUCAAUAAUGAACCCGACCCGAACUAGUGAAGAGUCUGUUUCGGGUCGGGUUGGGAAGACGGCCCAGGACGAGGAAUUGUGGGAUUCGGUUGUGAAUGAAGCUGAUAAAAUGCAAGGUGGGUUGGAUCAUGAGACAAUGAAACAAUUUGUGUCUCCGGUGAAAGUGGAAAUUGAAGAGGAAGAUGUAGACGAUUAUUAUAAGACGGAAAUGUUAUAUCAAACCGGUUUGUCACAAGAACCCGAUAACCCCAUGCUUCUUGCCAAUUAUGCUCAGUUUCUCUACCUUGUUGCACGUGAUUAUGAUAGGGCAGAGGACUACUUCAAACGGGCUUCUAUGGUUGAACCCAAGGAUGCAGAAGCACUAAAUAAAUACGCAAGUUUUUUGUGGCAAAUACGAAAAGACUUGUGGGCUGCUGAAGAGACUUAUUUGGAAGCGAUAUCGGCUGAUCCUAACAAUUCUUAUUACGCUGCCAAUUAUGCACAUUUCUUAUGGAACACGGGCGGUGAAGACACUUGCUUCCCUCUUGAUUCGCAAGAAAAUGAUUUUUCGAGUGAAUUGUAAAUUAACCACUGUCAUUUGGAACUCGAGUUUUGCUUAGAUAUAGUUUGCAUAAGUAACGAUCUAGGCGGAAACAUGAAAGUUUUAUAGUGGUGGAGUUUGAGGAUUGAAAUCGGAAAAUUCUAAUUUUGUAUAAUUUUGCCUUCUUGACAAAAAGGUCAAAAGUUGUAAUUAGAUUUUGUUGAUAUGAAAAGUAUAAGUGAAAAUGA